GCGGUUCCGACCUGUAGAGUUGCACUGUAUUUGAAUCGAGUCUACAGCAGCUUUACAGGAACCAUAGCUUGAAUUCUUUCGCAUGAGCUCGUCGCCUAUCGACGGUAUCUUCUACCACACCUUUUUGCGCAGAUCUAGGUCACAUUUGUCAAGGGUUGACUUGGCAGUCGAUCAUACUCCAUACUGCCAACUUUCGACGCCAGAUUUUGCGCCUUGAACGUCUCCAAGCGCAAAGAAUUCUCACCAGUCCCUCUUUGUACGGCAGUAUACUUGCCAUGUCCCUCAGUGCCUUCCAACCUUCAUCGUGUACCGAGUUAAUUCCCUCUGUUGCAACCUCAACCGCACUCAUCCAAAUACCACAAGCUGCGGAGAAGUCACAGCCACAGAAGCCACAGAAACAGUUCAAGUUAUACUCAUGGAGUAUCUUUUCCCCUCAAUCACCCAUCUUCUAUGCCCGGGAUCCGGUCGCUGCAGAUCAUGCUAUUUCGCAACUGACCGGGUCUGUCCUGGGCUUUGAUCUUGAAUGGAAACCGACAUUUGUGAAGGGAGCACCUCGCAAUCCAGUUGCUCUGGUCCAGCUGGCAGAUGCGAAUACAAUUGCUCUUAUUCAAAUCAGUGCCAUGAGAGUAUUCCCCCAGGCGCUCAGAGACCUUCUGCAGGAUCCGAAUGUCAUCAAGGCAGGCGUCAGCACUCAAGACGAUUGUCGACAUCUCUGGGCCGAUUACCAGGUCAACUGCCGCAACGUUGUCGACCUAUCCCUGCUCGCGCGAACUGUGGACAACGCUCACUGGAAAGGAAGUUACAAGUCAAGCAUAGGGCUUGCACGAUUGUGCGAAGUGUACUUUGAUUACACUUUGAACAAAGGUCGCGUGCAGCGCAGCAACUGGACCCUUAAACUGAGCAGUGAGCAAAUUGAGUAUGCCGCCAAUGAUUGUCACGCAGGUUUCAUGAUAUGUUCCGAACUCAAUCGCCGACUUCCGGGGAUGAAUCCAACACCACUACAGGUGUAUUAUACCUUCGACUUUUUGUACGGUUAUCUGUACGAACCAUCACUGCCAAAUCAACAAGGGCGUCUCUGGCAUCCGCACAACCCCAACUAUGACCCAGGACCCCCUCCAGAACCCAAGCCUCCGAAAGAUAACCAGAAGAAUAAUACUCAGCUUGCGAUUUUGGCACAGUUACCCAUGGCAGUCAUACCCGCACCGCGACGCGGCUAUGGAGGGACUCGUACAUAUACACCCCAGGCAAACCAAUCGCGAGACGAGAGACCCGGAGGUCCUUCACGGACUCCACGGAGACCAUGCAAACCCAGGUGGAGUCCUGAACAGAGAAAAGAGAGAAGACAAGAAGAUAGCAGUCAAAUUUGAAGCCAAUGGUUGCUGAACCCUUGUAUGAAUACCCUUUCGUCUGGCACGUCGGUACAUAUCCCCCAAACACAAUGAUACCUGUAGACUGUAGAAACGUAGUGUUGUGCUGUACUUACUUCUUAGGAGUCUCGGCCGUCCCAUGUCUCAUGCUGAUAUAUGUCCUUCGAAUUCACACGGAUGCGUUGCUAAGACGGUGAAUAUGACUGCGGGCGUCUUUGCAUUUUCCUGAG